CGCGGCAGGGUACGGGGCGCUUCGUAGUCAAGACUGCAUGUCAGUAAUCAGUCGGCUUGUCGGUGCCGGUCGGGGUACUUGUUCGUGGUUCUGUGCGCCUAGUAUGAAAACAUGGCCGGCAGGAUGCUAAAGUUUAUACGCGGGAAGGGCCAGCAGCCCUCUGCUGAGAGGCAGAAACUGCAAAAUGAACUGUUUGCCUUUCGCAAGACAGUCCAACACGGCUUUCCACACAGAGCGUCAGCGCUCGCUUGGGACCCUUUACUGAGGUUGUCAGCGCUCGGCACAGCUACUGGUGCCCUCAAAGUGUACGGCCGACCUGGCGUCGAGCUGUAUGGCCAACACACCAACCCUGACUCCGCAGUCACACAGAUACAUUUUAUACCCGGUACUGGUCGGUUAAUAUCACUUUGCGACGACAACAGUCUACACUUAUGGGAGAUAAACGAGAAAUCCCUUGUGGAGCUCAAAUCCCAUGCAUUCGAAGGCAAAAACAAGAAGAUCUCUGCGUUAUGCGUGGAAUCUUCAGGCAAGAACCUCCUUAUGGGUACAGAGGGAGGAAACCUGUACACCCUCGAUUGCAACGCCUUCACGAUCAACGAAGAUGUUAUUUACCAAGAUGUUGUUAUGCAAAACUGCCCCGAAGACUUCAAGCUGAACCCUGGUGCUGUAGAAGCAGUAUGUGAACAUCCUAAGGUUCCGAGUCGAAUUCUCAUCGGCUACAACAGAGGACUGGUAGUGCUCUGGGACCGCGUCACGUCCACGCCCACUCAUACUAUCGUGUGUAACCAACAAUUGGAAAGCUUGUGCUGGAAUGAUGAAGGAGAACACUUCACAUCAUCACACAACGACGGCUCGUACGUCACAUGGGAGGUCGCGAGUACGGCCAGUGAUAGACCGCUAAAGGAACCAGUUACGCCAUAUGGACCCUACCCCUGCAAGUCCAUUACUAAGAUUCUUAACAGAACUAGUGUGGAUGGCGAAGAGAUCACCAUAUAUGCAGGUGGCAUGCCAAGAUCACCUUAUUCAGACAAAUAUACAGUCACAGUACAGCAGGGAGAAAAACAUGUUGCGUUCGAUUUUACGAGCCGUGUAAUCGAUUUGUUCACAACAACGCCCGUCCCACCCGACGGGGUGCCGCUGCAAGAAGAAAGACCAGACACGCCCGCUCAGAUACAGAUGCAAACCGUCAACCAAGUUGCAGCUGCUUUGGUAGUGUUAGUUGAAGAAGAACUUGUGGUCAUUGACCUUUGUGACGAGAAAUGGCGUCCUCUGCGGUUGCCGUACUUAGUGUCGGUGCACGCAUGCGCAGUCACCACCGCGACAUUGGUUGACAAUGUUGCUGAUAAUGUCUACGACAAUAUUGUUGCUGCAGGCAACAAGCAAACCGAGAAUGUAUACUCGGAGAGCCCGUGGCCGAUCUCCGGCGGUAUCGUGGAGAGUCCGGAGCCGUCGGAGCGGCAGAUACUGCUGACAGGCCACGAGGACGGCUCCGUGCGCUUCUGGGACGUCACCGGCGUGGUUAUGACUCCGCUCUAUAAAUACACCACUGCUACGCUUUUCAGUGGUGAAGAAAUAGGCGAGAACAAUGACAGCCAGAACGAUGAAGAGGAAUGGCCGCCCUUCCGCAGGAUCGGUACCUUUGACCCUUACAGCGACGAUCCAAGGCUCGCCGUCAAACGAGUUCUGCUGUGCCCCUUAUCCGGUAUGCUGACCAUUGGCGGAGCGGCCGGCCACAUCGUGAUCGCAAGCUUGAAGACAUCGCCCAGUACUGCGGAAGUGAAGUCAAUUCCUGUGAACAUCGUGUCAGAUCGCGACGGGUUCGUGUGGAAGGGGCACGACCAACUGACGCUGCGUUCCGGUGCUCUCACAUUCCCUGCAGGCUAUCAGGCCAGCGCAGUAGGCCAGCUAUCGCCGCCGGCGGCAGUGACGGCACUCGCGGCGCAGUGGGAGUGGGGUGUAGUGUGCGUGGGUACCGCCCACGGCUUAGCGCUGCUCGACGCGCUGCGCGUGGCGCCCAUCACUCACAAGUGCACGCUCAACCCACACGAUCAUUCCGGUGCUGGCGAUACGCCGAUUUCAAGAAGAAAAUCCUUCAAAAAGUCCCUCAGGGAAUCGUUCAGAAGACUGCGGAAGGGCAGAUCACAACGGCGUCAAACCACCACUUCAGCUAGUCCCACGUCACCAACACAACCAGCCAAAAGAGUAGUGGAGAAAAUAAGUGAAGCAGAUGCAGAGGUGAAGCCCGUAGAACGCGCCGUGGAGGCGAGACCGACGGACGAUGCGUUCGGCUCGAUGGUCCGGUGCCUUUACUUCGCCAGAACCUUCCUUAUCAGCACACAAACAUCGACGCCGACGUUAUGGGCGGGCACGAACAAUGGAACCGUAUAUGCGUUCACGAUAAACGUUCCCAACACCAACAAACGGAAAGAAGAUCCGGUGACGUGUCAACUAGCGAAGGAAAUCCAACUUAAACACCGAGCGCCCGUAAUAGGCAUCACAGUACUGGACGGCGCCGCUGUUCCCCUGCCAGACCCGUUGGAGGUUGAACGCGGCGUGUCUCCACUGCCAGAGAGCGGCACGCACCGCGUAGUGAUCACAUCAGAGGAGCAGUUCAAAGUGUUCACUCUGCCGGCGCUCAAGCCGCACCACAAGUACAAGCUGACUGCGCACGAGGGUGCUAGGGUGCGACGCACAGCGUUCGCGUGGUUCGAAUGCGGCGGAAACGGCGCGGAAAGACAUCGGGAAUGGUGCUUGCUCUGUCUCACGAAUCUGGGAGACUGCCUCGUGCUGUCACCCGACUUGCGUCGGCAGCUCAACGCGGCUGCCGUGCGCAAGGAGGACAUCAAUGGCAUUUCAAGCCUGUGCUUCUCGAAACGUGGCGAAGCUCUCUACUUACACUCAUCUUCAGAACUGCAGAGGAUUACACUUUCUGCUACCAAGGUGACCAUUGCUCAAUGCCACGUGCUGCUGUCGCCGUGGGCGGCGGCGCUGCGCGGCGCGCGCGACGACGCGCCGCUCACCAACGGAGAACACAGAGAAGAGCCGGCUGUAGCGGAAGCCGUGCAUGAUGUGACAGCAGCAUCGGGCGACAUCACCGUGGACUCUGUGCGCGACCACGCGGCCGAGGCGCCCGAACUAAACAUUAACCUGCAGAACUCGCAAGUAAACACAAGUUCGAUGGUGGUGAAGACGACGACGCGGACGACCGUGAACGAGAGCAGCGCGGACGGCGGCACCACCACUACCACCACCACCACCACCAACAAUGUCGCCUCGGACAACACGGACGAACCAAUAGAAACCCAACCGAAACACAAGCGGGCGUCACGCGCGGCGGAGAAGAGCGUGCGCUGGUAUUCAUAGUGCGGUCUGCCACAGACGGGCACCGUGACGGUGCCGGCCGGAACCGACCCCAAGCUGAUCCUCGAGAUGUUUGACCGCCAGCGCUCGCCGCUCGCCGUGCCCGUGCCGCCCGCCGAGUCCUAGCCUGCACGCCGUGCCCACCCCGCCGCGGCGAUGUCGCCGGUAUUACCCGUAGCAUAACUCGCGCAAUGAUAGUUGAGGCGAAAACGCUACUCACACAUGCGUACUAUCUUAACAGGUUGCCGCAACAUGUCGUAGUAGCAUAAUAUUCUUUUACUCAUCGAGAAAAACCUUUUUUUUAACAAAGUGAGCAUUUGUGUGGAUAAAGCCAGCCUAAUAGUACCCAACUCCCAGAAGGGUUCCGAAUUUUACAGUUAUGUGUUCAUCAGUUUAUAACUACAAUUGCCCAACUACUCAUUCUAUUCUGAUGAAGUGUCGUUAGCUUUCCCUUGGCAUCUCUAUGAAUGAAAAAUUCAAUAUGGCGGAUAACAGAAAAGUAUGACACGAAAAACAAUAUACUUGAGGUAAAUGGAUCGAGGUUGUAUCAUAAAAAAUAAUUUAGAUUCCGAAAAAUAUAUUAAAAUAUAUGUUAUAAUAAAAUAUAAACUGUUGCUCUGUGAUGGAGUUUUUGAGAAGAUUAGUCGGGUUUUCGUUUUUGAACUUUUUUUCAAUAAUCACUGGCUCACUGUGUUUACUUUUUUGUGCUGUUUUAAAUUUAAUUUUGUUUUUUUUUAAUUGGUAAAUAUGCAAGACAUAUCGAGUAUUUCAGUUCUGCGUAUACGCAAUGUAUAUAUGCGUGUGCGCACGUUUAAUACGAAUACUUAUGUACGGCAACUUUUCACGUGUUUUUUAUUGGACUCGACUUUCAUUGUGAGAGUUACAGGUAUAUCUUUUAUAUCUACUUCACACCGAUAUGACAUUAUUGUAAACUUUAGUGACCCACAUAUUUUAAAUGUAAUGUCGUUUUUCUACGCUCCACGAAGCUAGGUCUAGAUUUUGUACAGUAUCGAAAUUGUAUAAUCACAAUGCAUCAAUGUACUGUUUCUAAAUGUAAUUGUCUUCAACUUACAGUAUACUAACAGUAUACAAUAUACCUUCAUAAGGGUGCCUGUCAACUGGCGCGGAGAGAGGUGUAGAUGUCUUCAGUGGAACAAUCAGAUUAUUGAUGGCACGUUAAAAUUAUAUCACUUCAAUGUUUGCCGAACAAUACUCCAGUGGAUAGGCAACCUAAAAGUGCGUUUAAACCAAUCUGGAUAUAAAUGAUAUUUUUUAUGUUAUCAAAAUUUAAAGGUUCCGGUCAUGUAAGCUAACUUAAUAUCUAGCCGAUUUAGAACGCAAGUUCUACUGAAAAGGCCCUACAGGAAUCUGCAAUUACUAGUUCCGCGUCAGUUGAAACCCGCCCUGAAGCCUGAUUCCUCCAACGCUUAUGUUGGUGGCGCGUCCAACCGAAUAAAAUAAAACAGACAAAAGAAACUACUAACAGCUAACGCUGCCAGAGUCGCAGUGUUUUUUUAAUCUGAUAUUUCAAAGGUGACCUAUAUGCUAGCCGCAUCGUUACAAACUAAGUUAAAAGCAAACUAUAGUUAAAUCUAAAACUAUACCAAUUUGAGAGAAUCACUAACAAAUUCAUACCCUUUGAUUGUCGAAAUGUUUUAGCACACAAUGAGUAUUCAUACGCGCAACCGACAUCAGCGAAGGAGGAAUUUAGACCUAUUGUAAAGAAUAACUAAUUGGUUCUGUCAGUCAUAACUUCAUCUAAGAUCGAUUUGACGUUUAGGCAGAGUUGCGUACGUAAAGCAGAUUUAUAGAUGCGUAGGUACAUUGACUUUGCUCAAACUUGAGUUUCAGUUAAAACGAGACAGGUUUAUCCUAGAGAUAUAAUGCUGUCUCGUUUCAAUUGUGUCAUAAGUCUGAGCAAAGUCAAAGCUCACUCUAUAGGUCUCAACUUAAGGGUAUAAUAUAUACUAUUGUGACGAAUUUCUUUAAACUGUGUUCAAUAUAAGUGAGUGAAACUUUGUUAGUUAGAAUACGUGCAUUAUGUUUCCGCUAUGUUUACUUUGCCAUACUAAGGUCCUUGACAGAUGGUCAAAAAAUUAGCGUUCUUACAGUAAUACUGCAUCGUCCUUUCUAGUUAUACUGACUUAUUUGAAAAUAUAUCAACAACAAGCAAUUUAACAUUUUGUAUAUUUAAUCUGUAUUUCUAAGGCCCGCUAUUUUAUAAGAACUAAAUAAAUGCAUUUUAUA